CUUUGUCCGGUGCGACAGUAGGCCAUGAUAAUUAUGGCAAAAAUUUGCGUUUUUGAAUGAAUUAUAGUUGAAUGGUGGAUCAACAAGCAUACACCGUGUGAGGACUGGUUUCUGGCAAUGACACACCAGAGAGUUUCAAUUUAAAGGACAGCACAGCAACGGAGAAAGGGUACAGUUUGCUUCCAAGACAGUCUGCAAGAUGGUUAGCUAUCUUCAGUGGCAUGCUAACGUUAGCUAGCAAGCUAAUGUUAGCAUAUAGUAAACAACAGUUGUCAAAACAUGAUAAAUUGCUUUAUCGUAUGAAUGAUGUGAUACGUGGAAUUGACUGCACCAUUUUUUCCACAUAUGUCUGUAGCGAGGCCAAUCACAGUUUCGGAUUAAUGUCCCGGUGUUGCCGCUACUUGUUUAAACCUCAACGCUGCUAGCAAACCACACAUUGAGUAACGUGGCUAGCGAGUGAGCCGCGGCAGAGGCUAGCUGGUGGACUUCUCCGCUACACAUCUGUAAGUGAUCAUUCAGAGAGGGAGGUGGGGGAGCUCUGGAACUUGCUCGCGCCGGCAGCCAAGCCCAGGGAGCGAGCGACCCGUUUCACUCGCAUCUGGUUUGCAACGGGGCGAACUGGCGCUAAAUAACGUGAAGCAGCUGAGCUUCACCUGGCGAGGAUUUGGUGACCAAAUCCCGGCGUGACAGACGCCGUGGCGAAAGAUCGGCAGCAGCAAAGCAGUUCGCAGACCUGGGCCGGCGUUAUAAUCUAUAAUAUACGUGGUACUAACUGCUGUGAGGAUAACCAUUUUAACGGGAUUGACAUGACCUGAAGCCAGAUUCCACCUACUUUUGGCUUAUAGCCUUCAAGACGUCGUUAUUUUUGUAACUUUUUUUUCUUGCCCAUGAACGGUGAUAUGCCAUUUCACCGACAGUCAUAUUAGCUAAUGGCUGCCGAAUCGGGGAGACUACUGGCGGGACAAGGAAAACGAAACAAAGCUUCACAGAUGAAGAGCCCGGAGAAAAAGAAGGCGAGGAAGUCCACCAGCCAGGCGGCAGGAUUCUCCCACCUCACGGAGUUUGCACCCCCUCCCACCCCCAUGGUGGACCACCUGGUCGCCUCCAACCCCUUCGACGAUGACUUUACGCCCCCAUCCCGACCUACUGGAACAGGUGGACCAAGUACUGCGCCAUUUCUUCCCAGCCCGAGUGGAGGAGGUGGGUAUGUCCCUGGGAGCAGAAUGGGCGUAGGCAUGGGCUUCAUGGGAGGCCCAGCAGGACCAGGUGGCGGCCAACCCGGACGGAGGCCACCGUUCGGACCUCCAUCGAACGCCGGUCCUCACCACCAGCUCGGCUUUGGAGGAAUGCCUGGCUUUGGAGCUGGCGGAGGGGGCGGCGGUGGGGGAGGUGGAGGGGGUGGAUUCCCCCCUGGUGGCCCUUCUCAGUUUAACAUGCCACCAAACUUUAGCCCACCCAUGCACCCCGGGCCAGGAUUCAAUCCCAUGUUGUCUCCAGGGGCUAUGGGAGGCCCUGGGGGAGGGGGGCCACCGCACCCUAGGUUUGGCAUGCCUCCACAGCAGCAACACGGACAGGGUGGACACCCAUUCAAUAGCCCACCGUUACCUGGUGGCGGAGGUCCCAGAGGGCCCCCACAUGGCCCCCUGCCUCCCAUGGGAGGAGGCAUGGGUCCUGGGAUGAACAUGAUGGGUGGCAUGGGCGGUGGCCCCGGAGGCAACAUGGUGGGUGGGUUACCUGGUAUGCCACCUCAAGGACAGUUCCCUCCUUCACAGGAUGGGCCUUACCCUGGCCCCAGUCCACCGGGGCCAGGCAAUGAGGAUGUAAAAAACUUUGGUGGAGGAGGGCCUCCGUCUGGGCCGCAGCAGCAGCAACAACAACAGCAGCAGCAACAACAACAACAGCAGCAACAACAACAGCAGCAACAACAACAACAACAGCAGCUUAGCCUAAAUCCUAACGGCCCUUCUCCUAAUAAUACCCCUCCUGGCCCUCCUUCAAACUCUGGUCCACCGCAGCCUGGAGGAGGCUUCCCUGGCCACCCGGAUGUCCAGCAGCCCAAUUCCAAUACACCUGGUCAGCCUCCCUCAGCGCCGCCACAGCCUAAUCCCAACUCUUCUCCUACUGGUCCCCUGAAUGGAUCAGGCCAGCCACAGCAUCCACCGCCCAGUCAGCUACAGCCCUCCAGCAACGCAAAUACUCCCAGCUCUAACAACUCAACCCAGCAGCAACAAUCCACCCCACCAAACUCCGCCCCUGGCUCAACGCCAUACAACCAGCAGAACAACACUCCUGGUUCUGGUGGUCCCAUGGCAAAUGUGGCCCCCAACUCGGGUCAGAACAGCAUGACCAACAACAACGGAGGCAACACUCCUGGCAGCAACCCCAACCCCCCCUCUAACUCCACUUCGACCCCGAACACCCAGUCUCCCCUGCCCCCUGGUCCCGCGGCCCCCUCGACCGGGCCUGGCACCGGCCCCGGAAAACUCGGCGGCCCCGGGAUGGUGUUCCCUUGUGGCCUCUGCAUGGCGGAGGUGCACGACGAUCAGGACGCCAUACUGUGCGAGGCGUCGUGCCAGCGCUGGUUCCACCGUGACUGCACAGGCCUGACCGAGCCGGCGUACGGGCUGCUGACCCGGGAGAGCGCCGCCGUGUGGGCCUGCGACUUCUGCAUCAAGACCAAGGACAUCCAGGCCGUGUUUGUGCGCCAGGGAUUAGGCCAGCUGGUGGCAGCUAAUGAGAGUUGAGGAGUGGAUGACAACGGAGAAGCGUGGAGGAGCAGCAGGACAAACGGAGACCGUCUUUGCUUCGAUCUCACUGAAUGACCUGUGUCACGUCAGCUACUCGCCCGGACGAGCCCUUUACUUGUUCACUACACAGAGAAACACACUCAUUGACAUUCAUGCUUGUAUACAGCACUUUGAGUGACUCUUGGUCAAUUAUUUUUCUUUCCUCCGCCGCCCCCCCCCCAAACGAGUCAAAAACAUGAUGAAUGUUAAUCUACACAGUCCUUCAGACAUCUAGCCUGCCAACCAGCAAAGCACUGACACCAACACACUACCUCACACACUUUGUGACUGACUGGCACGGACACUCCCGCAAAGGCUGACUCGCCCCGCUGGCACCGCUGGAGUAGGAAGACGUUUCAAAACCACGUUUGGCGGAGAGCGCGAUGUUGAAAAAUGUCCCCAGUGUGUAUUGAGACCAUGACUUCAAUCAUCAGUGUUAUUCUCCAUUUUUCUUGGCUUUAAAUUAAAAUGUACGUGAUGAUAAAAAAAAUCUUUAGCAAAUGGAGAGAACAAAAUUUAAAGCGUGAAUGGAAAUCUGAAAGGGAUUUGGGUUUUAUUCAUGAAUUGAUUCAAAGCUUUAUUUGCCAUCAGAAUGCUUCAUUUUAUCACAUUGUCUUUUUACUGCAUUUGAAAGAAAAUCGAGAAACUACAUUAUUAUAUUGCAGCGCUCAGUUGUGUGUUAUGUGAAACAAAAUAACGGGAUCGGGGGGGUACAUAUAUUUCUUUCAAUUAUAUUUUCAAUUCCACAACACACACAUACAAACACUUUGACCACGUACAUCUGUCAAUUGAUACCCAGUGCUGAUUAAUCCAAAGGAGUCCCGGCCGAGAUUUAAUCCACUUCAAACCCAAGUUGUAAAUAUUAGGACAAAACAAUUGUCUGGAACUUCCAUCGCUUGUGUCCAAGCCACAGAGUUGACCAAUGAGCAAAAGACUAAGUUAAACAUAUGUGUCUUGGUUGUAUACAGUAUGAUGUUUUGGUUUUUAUACCGUACAUUUGAGUCAACCAUUUAUUCUGAUCUCUGCAGUACACAUGAAUUGUGAAGUCAGUGCUUUUGGACGGUGUUGGCAAAGAAAGUAGUGACAUCGCGUCAUCAGAUUUGCAUAGUCCUUUAAAAAAUAAAGACAAAAAUACAAAAAGAAGAAGACAAAAUAUGAGUCUGGGAGGGGGGUGCAUGGGAACCAAUGCAGUUGCUGUCUGAUCUGUUCAUGUUUAUAUGCUGGCCUCUGCGCUGCAACAGGCCUUGAAGUAGACCAAAUAACUUAAGAGCGAACAAUAUCCAUUUUUCACGUUUCUGUCACGGUAUAAGGUGUUUAUAACUAUUCUUCCCUCCUUCUCUCUUUACUUUUCUUUAUUCAAUGUCCAAGUUGCCUUUAAUUUUCUUGCUCUCAGCUGUUCCUUUAUAUUUUGUAUUGGUAUCUGUGCUGUGCUCUUGCUCUGCUCUGGCGCCUCCUGGUGGAACCUGGAGGCGCCAGUGAGUCCCACACCAGGUGGGGAGGGGAAAGGUACUGAACUCUGAAGUAAAGACAGAAUUUUUUUUGUAUUGUCCAUGUCUGUUUUUAUUCCCUUUUUUAUUUUUUGCUUAUUGUUGUAUUAAAAUGAGGGUUGAAAAACCCAAUGAAACAGUUAACAA